AUGUCCUCUCAGACCAAUCUACACGACGGCCCACAACAAACAUCACCCGCGGCUUUGUCCAGCGACGUUGAGCUCUCUGUGACAGACGACGUCCCAUCCAGUAAAGAUGCGAUCACGCGGGCAUACGCUUUGUACCAGAGGACCAAGGACGAAGAGCACCUCGUCGCGCUGAUGCGCUUGUCACGGGACUCGAUGAGAGACGUGCCCUCUUCGCUCUGGCCUUGGGUGUACAACUGGUGGACUCUUCGCUACAAGAACACGAACAUAGUCGACGAUCUUCAGGGCGCCAUCACCGUCGCGCAGCAAAUAGUCGACCUCGCACCCGACGAACACAUCGACAAAGUCAUAUACCUGAACAACUUGGGAUUUAGCUUCCGUUCCCGUUUCGACCGACUUUUUGCCCCCGAUGAUAUAGAGCAGUCCAUCGCUGCAUUCCGGCGCGUAGUAGAGGUCGCUCGGGUUCAACAUCCUGAUGAGCCGGACUACCAGAGUUUCGGCGCGACCAACCUUGCUCUGAUACUACGCUAUCGCUACGAGCUUCUUGGUCAGCUUCCCGACCUCGAGGACGCUAUCUCGGCUAUCCGCCUCGCACUUCAACUGACUGCUAGUGGCAAUGCCAACGAGCCGGCUCGGCACAGCGUCCUCGGACAGUGCUUAUGCCUGCGUUUCGAUAGUCUCGGCUCUGCCGACGAUCUUGAAGAUGCCAUCAUGGCUCACAAUAAAGCAGUCGACCUCACCCCAAACGACCACCCUGAUAAACCAGUCAGAUUCAAUAACCUGGGACACUGUCUCGGUCGUCAGUUCGUACAGGCUGGCCACCUCGACGUUCUCGAGCGCGCCAUCGCAACGAUUCACGGCGCGCUGGAGCUCACGCCAGAAGAACACCCUGCGUUGCCUGUGCGCUUGAACAACUUAGGUCACUUUCUGCAGUACCGGUUCGAUCAACUUGGGGAGCUAGACGACAUAGACCAAGCCAUCGCGAUUCUGACGCGCGCGGCGGAUCUCACUUUGGAUAUCCACCCCGACAAGCCCAUCCAUUUGACGAAUCUCAGUGAAGCGUUACGCAGCCGCUUUAAGCGCUACGACGACUUGGAGGACCUCCAGCUGGCCAUUGCCACACAGGAGCGAGCCGUUACACUUUCCCUUAGCGGAGGUCCUUCUCAGCAGGCAGGGAUCUUGGGUAACCUCGGUGUACUCUUGCAGACACGUUACAACCGUCUCGGUGCCCUCGAUGACCUCGAACGCGCCAUAGAAGUGCAACAACGUGCAGUGGAUCUCGCUUCUGAUGUCCACUCACUGGUCGAGAGGUCCAACCAGCUAGAUUCGCUUGCGACUUGCUUGUGGCGUAGGUUUGAGCGAGUUGGGCGUCUCGAUGACCUUGAGAACGCCAUCGUUAUCGAACGCCGUGCGAUCGAUAUCGCUCCCAAGGAUGAUCCAACCCAUUAUAAUAACCUCGGGUCACUCUUGAGGAAUCGCUUUGACCGCCUAGGGACACUGGAAGACUUGGAAGACGCCCUCGAAGCGCACCGUCGCUCGGUAGAGCUCACGCCAGAUGGUCAUACAGACAUACCUCUGCGCUUGUCGAAUCUGGGAGUCUGCCUGUCCCAUCGUUUCCACCGCCUUAUGAUCAUCGACGAUAUCGAGGAGGCCAUUGCAUCGCACUCCCGUGCUGUCGAUCUCACUCCAGACGAUCAUCCCGACAUGCCCCUACGACUCAACAACCUUGGACAGUGUUUUCACUUCUGCUUCGAACAUCAUCGUGAUCUGGAUGCCUUGGAGCGAGCCAUUGCCGCGCUGCUCCGGGCGGUUCACCUCACUCCCGAAGGACACCCCGACCGCGCAUCUCGAUUGAACAACCUUGCUCUCUUUCUGUAUUAUCGUUUCGAUAGUCUCAGGAAUGGUGAAGACCUUGAGCACGCGAUCGCAUAUCAGCGUCGUGCCAUCAGUCUUGUCUCGAACGACGCCUCAAUUCAGACCGUUCUAGCGGUCAAUCUGGGGUGCUUUCUGAUCGAUCGCUACAUUGCAUUCGACCACCCCGGUAAUCUUAUAGAAGGUCUCGAGAUACUUCGCCGUAUGGUCGACCUCACCCCGGAGGGUCAUCCGGACAAACCCGUGUACCUCAGCCACCUGGCUUGGGCUCUGAGAGCUGUCUUCUUGCGCGAAAAGUCUGCUCAGAGUUUUCACGAAGCCGUGACAUGCUUCCUUUCGGCAACUGCCCAGCCGAAGAUGACACCACGAGUGCGCUACAUAGCCGCCAAUACCUGUGUGGAGUUCAUUGAAGACCAUCGCGAUUUUGCCUCGCCUGAAAUCAUUCUGCAAGCGCAUGGGCGCAUACUCGAAAUGAUACCUGAGCUGGUCUGGCUUGGGUACAGUAUGACGCGCCGUAUGGUCGAAAUACAGACCCUCAGCGUUCUCAUUACCAAAGCCGUCUACGCUGCCAUCGACACGAGGUCUCUGGUAAAAGCUGUCGAAUUCCUCGAAGCUGGCCGAUCCUUAGUUUGGUCCCAGAUCCUCUCGUUGCGUAGCCCUUUGGACGAGCUUGAACGCCAGCACCCCGUUCUCGCGCGGGCCCUCCAGAAUGUUCACGUUGAAUUGCAGAGGUCCAUCAACGCAUCAUUCCCCGUUCGAUCUAAGCUACCUUCGGUCCAUCGUGGCAAUCCCCUUGCGAUGAUGACUGAUGCUGAGGCCGGAAGACAUCGCCGAUUUGCCAUCGAAUAUGAGCGUAUACUCGAUGAAGUUCGCCGACAAUCGGGGUUCGAGGGAUUCCUGCGUUCGAAGAAAGUUGCGGCCCUCAUGCUCUCGCCGUCCCUCUACCAUGGACCCGUCAUCUACGUCAACGUGGCCCAAUCCCGCUGUCACGCCCUCAUACUCUCGCCUGAUGGGCAAGUGGAUGCCGUUGAGCUUCCCGAAUUAACUCUGGAGCGAGCGACGAAGUUGAGUACUCAAUGGGUAGCGUGUCUUCGGCAACAGAAUGUUCGUGGGCGGGCUUCUAUUGGGGCCCAGAGCCAGAAAGUCCCGGGGCGCAAAUCAAACGACGAGCCCGCCAUGCGCAUUCUAGGUUAUGUCUGGUCAUGGAUUGUGCGUCCGAUCUUACAGGCGCUGGAUAUGCUUUGCAAUGUAACUGACCAGCAACUGCCUCAUGUCACAUGGUGUCCUACAGGUCCCCUCACACAACUACCGUUACACGCUGCGGGCAUCUACGGGAAGACGGGAGGACAGCGCGUGUACGAUUUUGUGAUUUCAUCGUACACCCCAUCGCUCUCUGCGCUCUCACGCUGCCAUGAGGCGGUUGCGAGGCAACUAUCGGAGCCCAGAGUCCUCAUUGUCACGCAGCCCGAUGCCCCUGGGCUACCACCACUGCCUGGAACUCUAGUUGAGGGGGAGAGAUUGCAAGCCUUGCUCUCCAGCUCCCACACCCCGUUUACAACUUUCAACGGCGUCGAAGCCACGACAAGCAUCGUGUCGGAGGUCUUAGGGCAGCAUUCUUGGAUGCACCUAGCUUGUCACGGGUCCCAGCAUUUAGCAGAUCCUACGCAAAGUGCAUUCGCUCUUCACGAUGGCCCGCUGUCGCUGGUCACUCUCAUGGCUAUGGUUGCAGACAACGCAGAACUGGCGUUUCUCUCGGCUUGCCAAACGGCGGUCGGCGACGAGAAGAUCCCUGAAGAGUCCAUCCACCUCGCAGCGGGUAUGCUUGCUGUCGGCUUCAAGGGUGUCGUUGCGACAACGUGGUCGAUACAGGAUGACGACGCGCCGCAUGUAGUCGAGGCGUACUAUGAGACUCUAUUACGGCUCCGCGCGUCUGGAAAGGUCAGAAGCGGGGAGACUGGGGCAGCUUUUGCUCUGCAUGAAGCUACAAAGUCAUUGCGGGAAAAGAUCGGAGUAGACAGCAUUGUGCGUUGGGCGCCAUUCGUGCAUUUUGGGGCGUAG